CCAACACGCCAGCAGCGGCGAAGGCGGCCUCCAUUUUGACUCCGACACCGAGCCGCGCCUCACGUGUCCUGGGCUGUCUCUCUCUCUCUCCCCCUCUCUCUCUCGCUCUCUCUCCCCCCCUCACAUGACCCGAGUGUUUGUUCCCGUGAUCACCACUUCCAUCUCUCGUCUGUGACACCGAAUAUCAGUUUUUUUUACACUAACCCUGAUGGAUAUGCUCGAUCGCAGUCUGGACAGCGCAAGCCAAGAAAAACAACAACAACAAGAAGAAGAGGUUGUCCAGGUAUCUGAAGACGGGACAGGAGACGAGCAGGCGGCCGUCACCAUAGCCGGCGUUCAGCAGGCUGCAGGGUUCGCCGACCACAACAUACAAUAUCAGUUCCGCACCGAGGGGGGUCAGGUGACGUACCGCGUCGUCCAGGUGACCGACCAGCACCUCGAAGGGCGGGAUGACGGGGGAGGAGCAGUGAGUGUCGUCUCUACCGCCGCCUUCACGGGGGCUCCUCAGGCUGUGGCUCAGGCUGUGAUCCAAAACCCUUUCAGCAAUGGAGGAAGCCCGGCGGGCGAAGCGGUGGGAGGGGAGACGCGCUUCGCUUACUUCCCCGCUGCCGCGGUGAGCGACGGGACCGUGUCUGUUCAGGCCGCCGCGGACCCCACACUCACGCAGGCAGGGGGUCAGUUCUACGUGAUGAUGACCCCCCCCGACGUCAUUCAGACGGGCCCACAGCGGACCAUCGCUCCUCGCUCUCAACCGUACCCCGCAGAUGAAAACGAGCUGCUGCAGCACGAAGGUUUAAACUGGAAAAUGGACGGACCGCGAACGCCGAGAGAUGAAAGGAGAAGAGCGCAACACAAUGAAGUCGAAAGGCGGAGAAGAGACAAGAUCAACAACUGGAUUGUCACCCUUUCCAAGAUCAUACCAGACUGCAAUAUCGACAGCACCAAGACGGGAGCAAGCAAAGGGGGCAUCCUGUCGAAAGCCUGCGACUACAUCCGCGACUUGAGGCAAAGCAACCAGCGGCUGCAGGAGGGUGUGAAGGAAGUGGAGAGGAUACAAGUGGACAACGAGUUGUGCAGGCAGCAGAUUGAAGAGCUGAAGAACGAGAACGCUUUGCUCCGAGCGCAACUCCAGCAGCACGGCAUCGAGAUGGUGGGAGAGACGCCGCCGCAGUGAGGCAGAGACACACAAAAAAACGACACACGCAACCUGGUGAUGGGGGGACGGGGGACGGGGGGACUGGGGGGGGGGGGGGAAGAAGGACCACCACUCAGACGUCCAUCCGACACCCCGGAAGAGAUGGCCUAGAUGAUGGAGGAACAAAAAAGAUGUAUCAAAUGAAAAGGACUUGUGAAGAAUUCCUCUCUCUGAUUGCCCCCCCCCCCUCCCGUCCUGCAAAGACCUCCAGCUGGUACCAGUGCCACCCCCCCCCCCCCCCCCCCCAGCACGGGCUGAGACGGCGCGCCUCCUUCAGCCUUCAUGCAGCCUCACUCAUCAACUGGGAUGAGUUCUUGUUUUGUUCUUGUUUCCCUGUCGGGUGCUGUUUUUUUUUUCCUUUUCUGUUUUUUUUCUUCUCUGAAAUCCGGAUUUUCAUUUAGUUCCAUUUGUUCCGUUUGUCUUUUCACAUGUAAACGUUUGUUCUUAGCUGCUUUAAUUUAUUAGUCCGCUCGCUGGCAGAAGCCUUGAUGGAGACCGGGUUACGGCGGGAGCUCUUUGAGCGAGGAAACAUCACAGAGUGAGAAAAAACAUUGUGACGCCACAGACUGAAAUAUGAAUGCCACUCGCACGCAGCUCACCUUCCAACCUGCUUCCACUCUGGCUCAUGUAAAUAAGACCUUUAUCUCCGGGGGGGGGAAAGCCAUCAUUAACUCAUUAACUCCACGGAAGGUUCUGUACUGGAAUUGUUGUUUAUCCAGAAAACAGCCGUUCAAAUGCUGUGUUGGGUUUUCCGACUGGAAGGGUGGCCGGUGUAGAGUGGAGGGCCCUGACCUGCUGCUCUCUGCUCCUUGUGCCGGAACCAUCCACAGCGGCCCCCACUUCUUCCACUCGCCAGCGACUUUGUCGGGAGUGUCGAUCCGCGUACGAAUAAUGCCCCCCGUGGUUCACUCCAAGCCGCUCCCCCUAUUUUGGUAUCGCAAGACUUCCAAUGCAGGAGGGGGGGGGGGGGAAGAGGAGGAGGGGGGGGGGGGGGGGGGCAGCACUCAAAGCCUCCGCUCACCGUGGCGAAGGAGUACACGGAAAACCGCUCCGUAGGCAGAGCACGGGUCGUUCUCCAUGAAGUGAAGGAGGGGAAUGAACUCAGGCAACCAAUAACAACACCCCCACCCCCCCCCCCCCUCCACACUCCUCAAUAUGAACGUUAUUCAUGAAGACUUUGUGAAUGAAGUGCUGGGUGUUUUUGUUUUUUUUGAGCUCAUUGGAGCUCUGUUGGCUGAGGAGGAAGAAGAUCACAUCUUUGGAUCCAUGCUAGGCGGGAAGAGUCUGGUCCAUCAGCCCAAAAGCAGAGGGAUCGUGCUAGUUUUAAUUUUAUUUUUAUUUUUUAACCCCCCACCCCCCCUCCCCCCCCCAGUGAGUGGAGUGAAUGUGAAGACAUGAAUAACGCUUUGGAAGAAGGAUGUUCACAAACGUUGGCUAUUUUGUUUUUGUUUUUCCUUCUUUCUCGUGUUUCUUUUUUGAGGAAUGGCAAAAGAAUGAAGAAAAAAGCAAUCCUUUCUGUAGCAGCCUCACUUUUCUCAGGUUAGAUUUUAAGACACCUUUUCUAAGUAAAAUGGUGAAUAAAAGUUUCACUAGUUAAUAACCUUAA